AACUUCCUACCGAACGGUUCACGAACAGUUCGAUGAGCAUUCAAUUCCUUUACAACCCUAAGUAUUGGUACUUUGGGGGAACUCACUAUGCUUCGUGCUUACAGUUUUGGUUUAUGGUUUUAUGUACUUCAGUGGAUUGUGUCAAGGUGAAUGCAUGACUGUACACAUUCUCGUGUUUUGGACUUAUGAUUUCUAAGAAACUUUGGUAAUGUGAAUGUUUUGAAAACUAUGUUGAAAGUGAUUCUGAUUUAUAAAUAAUGUUUUGGAAACAUUGGUUUUUGUAAACACUUCUUUAGAAAAAUGGUUGUUUUGAAAGUUUAAAUUUUAUGAAUUUUUAUGGAUAUUAUAAGGAGUGGGGUUUUUCACUAUGAGACAACUGCUUUAAAAGCUGCAUAAUUCAAAGUGACAAAUCAUGAAAAGACAUGCAUGAACAAUCAGCAAACGUUUAUAUAUACCUUUUGCAUUUAUACUUUUGGUUUCUUUGUGCUAGAUGUUGUGGAGCUCUUCAAUAUCAAUAGAGUCCAACGAGUCAUGUAUGAUAAUGUUAUGAUCCUAAGAUAUAUGAAUGUUGUUUUUAAAAGAAUUAUUUUGUCAUCCAAAAAUGGUUGCGACACAAUUUAUUGGUCGUUUACCUACUACAUUUAUAUAAAACUUUUAUCUUGGGAUAUAUAUUGAAAGGAAGUAAGGAGUAAUUUUCUUGGAUUGGAAAAAAAAAUAAUUAGUUUAUGAAUUAGAUAUAAUUAAAAACAAUAUUUAUAAAAAUAAAAUUCAAAUUUCCAUGGAAUAAAACAAUUUAUAUAACGUUAUACGCAUUUGAAUAUACUUCCGUUCAAUUUAUAUAACAAAUUAGCAUCCGAAUUAAUCCAUUUUCUUCUAAAUAAAUAAAUAAAAGUCAUCUUUUUUUAAUCAAUUGUUCUCUAUUAUAUGAAAAUAAAAUUAAAAAAAAUAAAUUAAAAACAAGCAUUUAGCGACCAACAAAAAUGGAAAGGCGGCGGUUGAGAAAAAAACUGAACAAAUAACCGACGACCACAACCACCUCCGUGAACCCGCGAUACCAACGUUAGCCCUUAACUUCCUCCCGCUAAUAAUAUUAUGACAUUAUGACCUCUUCCUUUCACUUCAAAUAUUCUCCAUCUUCCCUCUUUGGAUCCAUUGCAAUCCCUUCAUCAUCCCGAAAAUGAGAGAAAUCUUAAACAUACAAGGAGGCCAAUGCGGCAACCAAAUCGGUGCAAAGUUUUGGGAGGUCAUCUGCGACGAACAUGGUAUUGAUCCCUCCGGCCAAUACAAUGGUACCACCGCCGAUCUCCAGCUUGAGCGUAUCAACGUUUACUACAAUGAAGCCUCCGGCGGCCGUUAUGUUCCCCGUGCUGUGCUUAUGGAUCUCGAGCCUGGCACCAUGGACAGCAUCAGAUCUGGUCCCUACGGCCAGAUCUUCAGGCCUGAUAACUUCGUGUUUGGCCAGUCCGGCGCCGGUAAUAACUGGGCCAAGGGACAUUAUACAGAAGGCGCUGAGUUGAUUGAUUCUGUGCUUGAUGUCGUUCGCAAGGAGGCUGAGAAUUGCGAUGCGUUGCAAGGCUUUCAGGUAUGUCACUCGCUUGGAGGUGGAACAGGUUCUGGUAUGGGGACACUCUUGAUCUCCAAGAUUCGAGAGGAAUACCCAGACAGGAUGAUGCUCACAUUCUCAGUUUUCCCUUCACCAAAGGUAUCCGACACUGUUGUUGAACCCUACAAUGCGACACUUUCAGUGCACCAAUUGGUCGAGAAUGCUGAUGAAUGCAUGGUCCUCGACAAUGAGGCUCUUUAUGACAUUUGCUUCAGGACUUUGAAGCUCACCACACCAAGUUUUGGUGAUUUGAACCAUUUGAUCUCGGCAACCAUGAGUGGUGUAACAUGUUGCUUGCGAUUCCCCGGUCAAUUGAAUUCUGACCUUCGAGAGGGAAUGGAUGAAAUGGAGUUUACAGAGGCAGAAAGUAACAUGAAUGAUUUGGUGGCGGAGUAUCAACAGUAUCAGGAUGCAACAGCUGAGGAAGAGCAGGACUAUGAGGAAGAGGGUGGUGGUGAAGAAGAGGAGUAA